AUGCCGCACGACACGUAUGGGAUUCCUUUCUACACAGUCGUGCACAACUUAUUAGAUUACCCUGCCGGAAUCCUGCUAGUUGGGGUGGCAAACAAGGAGCUUGAUGCGCCGUUUCUCCGUAUGGAUGCUAAAUAUGAACCUCCGUACAAUCCAGAUGCUGUGGAAGGGAUGCCAGCUCACGUGCAGAUAGUAGGUAGGCCAACGAUGGACGAAGAGCUGCUAGAGGUUAUGAAGAUGAUUGAGAAGAUGUUGAAAGAAGGUGCAUAG